AUGGGGAAGUCCGAAGCUCUAGCUCAUACUUGGGAAAACUUGAUUGGUAAAAGACUCCAGAAAACCGGUCGUGCAGCCCACAAACCUGAAUGUGAGCGUUCACCUCUUAUCUCGAACUUUGAAAAAUGGGCUGGUAAGCCACGGAAACUUUAUUUUAGAAGCGUUGACAGUGUCCCGCGACCAUCAUAUUUCAAAACGACAUUGAAGGGAAAUCUGUUUGCACAAUUACUGUCAUCUCCAAUGCGGCUUGAUAAACUCACGCGCGUGAGGGCUCCCAAGGAAUUGCUUCUACAGGUCAAGCUUGUGGACAAGUCUGAUGAUGGUAAGAAAAGUUUUGGUGUCGAUUCCUACGCCCAGCAUUUCAGUGGCGGACCCACAUCUUAUGUCAGCAACAAUGAGACACUGCUUCGAAAGCAAGGUGCUAGCUUUAUGAAGUGGGUCCCGACAUCGUCGCUCAACGCUACAAUACGGCACAUAAGUCACACUGAAAUUCUUCAACCUUCAAUUUCGAUAGCUGAACUCAGCAAAAGAACCUUGAUCGACAAAGUGCAUCAAGGGCUUCUUCAAAUUUCAAACAGAGAUGUGGGGCGAGACUCUCAGAAUUACGACAUAAGGGUAAUCAGUGAUUCGGGUCUAUCUGAUAAGUUAAUAGUAGACAGCAAAGGGAGGACUACUUUAAAUUUUGGCCAUAUAGAUGAUCCGACACUACAAGGCCUUUUCAAAGGUAGCCGUGCUGGAAUCUUUCUGGAAAUAAAAAAUCACAAAGUACUUUGUUUCAUGAUGUAUAAAUUGCUGGCCUUCGUUGAAUAA